AUAAUCUCCCAAUCUGUUACUUUUAUGUGUAUUUCCUUUUUUCUGCAAAAAAUUCUGAGUGAACAUAUCUAAAUGGAAUAUACCCGAGUAAGAUGGUAUUUUACAUAUUGCACGUUAAAGGUACGUAAAUACACCGGCAAGCUACCCGCUUAAAGAUGAUUGUGGAUAAAACACCAAACAUCACGCUCCCCAGGAAUUACGGCGUGUAAGAGUGCGACAACAUAUAACUAAGGCACUUUGAGAAUCUAAGCAACUUGACAAGUUGUCCAACUUUUGCUUGAGGGGACGUUUAAUCAGCUUCAUAAAAACAGCCUGUCGAGUUAAGCUUAUUGUUUGAAGUUAAGCACAAAGCUACACAAUGGGCUAUCUGGGCUCUGCCCACCACGGUUCUCUGAAUUUACCCAUUUCGGAUUCAGAAAAGCUGGGCUGGAGGAUGAAAGACAAAUGUUAGGACUAUUGGGUUCCAGUUUCUCCAGCCUUGGACAUUCAAAGUUUCAUACCAUAUAUAUAUGUGAAUAGCGUUUUAGAAAAACCUGUUUCUCAUCGCCCAGCUUUUUGGGCAGUGAUUUGUGGGAGACAAAAGAUAUUUCCUGCCAAUGAAGUGUGAUGCAUGUAGUAAGAUAUUUUGUAAAGACCAUUUUCCUUAUGGUCAGCAUAAUUGUGAAAAAGCAUACCAGAAGGAUGUUCAAGUUCCUGUCUGUCCACUGUGUAAUAAGCCAGUCUCAGUGAAACGUGGAGAGCCACCAGACAUUACAGUUGGAGAACAUAUUGAUAGGGACUGCUUGUCUGAUCCUGCUGCUAAAAGAAAAAUCUAUACAAAUCGGUGUUCUCUUAAAGGUUGUAAACAAAAGGAGCUUAUUCCUGUAAUCUGUAGUCAAUGUAAGCAAAACUUUUGUUUGAAACAUCGCCAUCCAGCAGAUCAUAAAUGUGAAGGGUUUCAAAGGACCAGUCAUAUUAUAUCACCAACAGAUAUUUCCCCUAGGGCAGCUGGUGUAGCUCGGACUCAGAACAAACUGACAUCAACUAAUGCUCUCUCAGCCUGGACGAGUCCCACAACAUCUAGUGGUCUUUAUACUCCUGUGCCUUCACGUAGUAAAACCAAUGAGACACUUGUCACUGCCAUUCACAUUCAGGGUAAUCUGAAUGAAGAUGAAGCCUUAGCACUUGCUCUGCAAAAUUCAUUGUCCAAUUCUUUAGAGACUUCACCUUCACAAACUCCUCCUAAUAUUUCAAGGAGUCCAGUAUCUCAGGAAGAGGCAGAUCGGCAGUUGGCCUUAGCUUUAACAGAAAGUGAAAGAAAUCAUCAAGAAGGACAAAGGCACCGAAGGAGCAGCAGCUACCUCUGUAACAUUACAUAGCAUUCCGAAGCUUCAAGUAUUUUAUGCUGGAUAAGAAAAGGAAAGCAUAAAAUUUGACCUUUUUAAUAUUAUUAUGAUACAAAUUUAUUAGUUUAUUUAUAUAUACGUAUUUUUUUCAUAUUAUUUUUUACUCAUAUUUAUUUCAUCAUGAAAAUCAUCCACUGAGUAAUCAAAAAUAUUCUAAUGAUUUUUAAUACUAUAUUGAACUUAAGAUUUGUGAAGCUUUGCCCAAGAGCAUAGAGUUUUUACAAGCAAACAAGUUGCUUUACUCUUUCAUAUACUUCAUAUUCUGUCAUGUUAUAAGUUUUUGUCAGAGACAAAAAAAAACUUUGCUGUUUAUCAGCAUGCAAGAAAAUAAAGACCAUAUCUAUGGUCAGUAAGUAUUUAUGUCAUUGUUUAUUAAACAACCUGUAAAAAGCAAAAUUGUGUGUUUAUGUGAAUUAAGACAAAUCUUGUUUCAGUAUGUUGAAGAAAGGGAGCUUCUGCCUGAAUAUUUAAAUUUAACUUGGUUAUUGUUUGUAAGUAUCUUUACUUAAAUAAACAGGACUCAGUUUUUUAAUUGGUGAUCAAUGACUUAAGUAACUUCAAUAACUAAUAAAACUUGCUUUCACUGAUUUCUGUCUGGGGGGUCUUAUAAAAGUUCACUUCUUUCUGGGAUUGUAAAACAAAGUUGGAAUGGCAUGUCAAUAUCCCAAUGACAUCUAUCAAAUAUCAUGUAGUUAAUUUUUUUAUACAGAAACUAUGUUUACUGUUUUAAGUUCUUUUAUUGAAAUAUUAUUUGUAUUAGAAAUCAUAAUUUAAAUGUUUUGACUGUGAUACUUUCAGAUCUCUGUUUGAAUUAUAACCUAAGGAGUUUGACAUCUUUCUGGUGUCAUACAGUGAACAAAUUUACUUAUUUCAAAGGUUAUAUAGUAACAAGUUAGAGUUCUUCCAAAAAUUGUGUAGUAAAAAGUUUGUAAUUUUUUCACAGAUUAUAUAGUAUACAAUUUAAUUCCUGUCAGCAGUUAUAUAGAAAAGUAUUUAUUACUAUCCAGAAAACAAUCUGGCUUACAAUUACAAGAAAAAAUUAUAUAUAAAUUUAAAUUACAAUGAUUAACUUAGAAGUAAUUACUGGUCUCUCGGCAAGCCUUUAAAAACCUUAUUUUUUUUCAGAAACAACUCUUUUUAAAACAUGUAUAAUUGCUCAAAGAUCUUGUAAUAGCUCAUAACAGCAUGAUGUUUUUUAUUCCUCAGCCUGUAAAAAAUUUAUAUUUACAGAAAGAAGAUUUGUUUGGUUUUUAUUUAACAUAUAAAAUUUAGUUCUUAAUUUUAGCUGUCAUACAUGUGCCCUAAAACAGACAAUAAUUGUCGCCAAUGGCUCAUGAACAUUCUCAGUUUCCAGAUAAUAGAGAUUAUCAAUUAUGAAGUAGAAGGUUGGAAACAGCUAUGUUUGAAAUACAUUAGGACUUAAUCUGUUAUAAUAUAGCACCUUUGCAAGAGAGAUUUUGCUAUAAAUAACAUACAUGUAUUAAAGUCACUUUCAGCUUGUAAUUUGUAAAAUUUAGCUUUUAUUUUAAAGACUGGCAGAAGCAGACACUGCUGGGAGGCACGUAAUUAUAUCUUUAAUAUUAAGAUUACUUUUAAGAUCAAAUUGCUUAACCAUCUGGUAGAUGGGGAUGGAAAAAUCCAUAAUAAUCAAAGUCUAAUGUUAGUGGAAAUGAUGGAUUUUUCAGUCUGUUUCUGUUGUAUAGUAUAUAUAAAUCAAUCACGAGAUACAUAGGGUCUGUGGGGAAUUCUGUCCACUUACAAACUCCAGUUUUUCAUGACUGAUAUAUAUGUCAUUAUUUGCCAAAUGUUUAAUGAAAUAAGUUUACAUACCUUACAGUUUCUGACAAUAAACCUUUAACUCUGGUUUCUGAUUACAAUAGAUAUUUAAUUAGGGAUUUAUAUUUGUACAAGUAAUUGUAAAAAUGUUCUGUUUCUCUCUCAUCAACUAAAAUAGACUCUUAUCAUACAAAACUAAACUUCUUUACUGCAAAAACAAUGGGAUUAAGAUCUGUGGCAGCUUUUAUAAAUGUUCCUCCACCUAAUGGUGAUUUUGAAAAACAAUCAACUAGUUAGUAAUUAUUUGACAUAGAGAUAUGUGUACCCAACUAAAUAAUAUUUUUGAUUUAUUCUCUUUCUCAUGUAAACUACACUUGAUUUAAACUUUAUCAGUUUGUAUUACAUUCUUGGCUUCUGGUUAGUUCUACGUAUUAAACUACUAAUACUACUAUUGUAUGGAAAUAUAUUUAAGAGUUGAGUAGUUUUCAAAACUAAUGAUAUUAUCAAAUUAAUAAUGCACUUAAUACAGCCAGAUCAGGUCUUGUGCAAUAUACAUUUUUGAAUAGUUAAAGUGAGACUCAUACCUUAGAAAAAUAGCUGGGCCUGGAUGGUACCAUAUUAAUAAGUUUUAAGCUUUGCAGCAUGAAUAUUUAAGAAAACUACUUUCAGGAGCAUACAGUAAGAAAAAUAAUUUUCUGACUCAAACACAUGUUUCAACAAAUACUUUUGGACUUAUAAAUAUUUUUAAUGUUUAACUAAACAGUUAAUUAAAAUUAUGAAUAUUUGGUCUUGAUCUUUAAUGCUUAGGAAGAUUUGGUAUUUACAGUGAAAAAAUUAAGUUCAAGUAAAAAGUACGUUGCUUCAAAUUUGACUUAACAUAGACAAUCUUACAGAAAUUUUCUUUCACAUUUAACUAGUGACAAAUAAAUCAAUAUUUUAGUGUCACAACUGCCAGUCACUGAUAAAAAUAAUAUAUUCAAAUAUAAUGUAUUUUGCACAAGAAGGCAAUAAACAGAAAGUUGUAUGACAUAAUAAAAAUGUACUCCACAGUUUCUUUUCCACUUCCUUUUCUUACUUUGUCUUAUUCUCUUUACAAUAUUUAAACUAGUUUGUAACAGUUGAAAACAGAGGUUUGAGUACAUUUUAUUGAAACAAUUUUGGAGCCUUCAUUACAGUCCAUCUCGUCACUUUUAGUCAUGCUCUGUCUGAUGACAUUGCAUCUUUAUAAUAGGCCUGCUACAUAGUUUCCAUUGCUAAAAGCUCUGUCAUAAGGCUGUCAUGUUUAAAGCCUAUCACUCCUCCCAAUAGGCUUUCUAUAAUUAGUUUAGUGUAUGAAGGCAAUGGUUUUGCAGCACCUACUUCAACAGUCCGAUCGCCCCAAUCUAUAGGCAUUGCAUCCAACAACUUGACUGGUAUAUCUUCGUAUAGAACAGCACGAAUACCCAUUUCAUUCUCCAUUUGCUUGAUGUAUGCAACAGUUGAACAGGAGGUGUGACCAGAAGCCUUAUCUUGGUAAACCCAUACACUGUUGGCCUCAUUUAUUUGUGUUUGUGAAUACUUACCUGUUACGAACACCACACUUUGCUCACCAUGGUUGUAGUAGAAUAUUUUACAGACUUCGUUUUUAUUUUAAUGGUCCUAGUUCCAUAAAUUGAUCCAUAUUCCUUUGUUUUCCAGUGCCAUUAAAUAUAAUGGCUAUCCCCGUUUUGAAAAUGCUAAAUCCCUGAUUU